GUCAAAAACAUAGUUUCUGGCGCGGCGCCAACUCUCUAAAUAGAUUGGCGUGUCUUACGCACAGUUUACGCGGCGCGGCGUUCCAUACAUGAACUCAUUAAUUUUCCGCGAUGGAGCGACACCCCACGACCGCGAGCUUUCAUGGCUCUAUGCGGAGCAGGGACUCGUCCUCGACGGCCGGCAGCGACGCCAGGGAGAAGAUAAAAGACUGCUUCAGGAAGUUUAUAGCAUUCAUGUUUACGCAAGUGGGUGUCGGCGCGCUGGUGGUCUGCUACGCGAUACUGGGCGCUGCCAGCUUCAUGCACAUCGAGAAGGACAGCCCCGACGAACAACUACACGACAUCCGAAGACUGAGGCAAGACUGUGCCGAAAAACUGUGGAAUAUUACGGUUACUGUGAAUGUUUUUAACGAAACCACAUGGGUAUCUAAAGGUGAUGAAGUUCUAAAAGUGUUCCAGAAUAACAUAACUGCAGCCGUCCACACGGGCUAUAGUGGCAGAUCUGCAGAAGAUAUCUGGUCAUUUCCAGCAGCUUUGAUGUACUCAUUGUCUGUGUUUACAAUGAUUGGAUAUGGGAAUAUUAUACCAAAAACAUUGUGGGGGAAGAUAGUGACGAUAGCUUAUGCUUGUUUUGGUAUCCCAAUCUAUAUUUUAUACUUUUGUAACAUUGGUAAGGUGCUUGCACAGACUUUUAAAUGGUUGUAUAUAACAGCUCAUGAGUGUAGCCGAAGAGAUGAUGCUGUGUUUGAAGAUGGUGAGAUCAUACCUGUAAAGCACAAGAUUACGGUGCCAUCGACAGCUUGUCUAUGGGUCAUAUCAUUCUACAUCCUCACUGGAACAAUCAUGUUUGGUGCGUGGGAAAACUGGAACUACCUGGACUCCACAUACUUCUGUGUAAUAAGUUUGUGCAAGAUCGGUUUUGGAGAUUUCGUUCCAGGAGCAAAUAUAUCAGAUUCAGCUGGAGGUUCUCACUUGAAGUUAGUUAUUAACUUUAUUUAUGUCCUGCUUGGGAUGGGUUUAGUGGCCAUGUGUUAUAAUCUCAUGUGUGAGGAUGUAAGAGUGAAGGUUAGAGAGUUAAGAGAGGAUCUGAAGAACUGCCUUGAUGAUAUUACAUUGAAGAUUACGGUAUGCAUGAAUGAUACCAAGUAUUACCAUCAGAAACAGUCUAGGAAUGUUAAGUGAUGGACUUUUUAUGUGUCAGUAAUUAAAAAGUAUGGCUGUUGAAAUGUUUAAAAUAUAAUUUUGAAUAUGAAUAGUAAAUAUAAGUUAAUUUAAAAUGAAUGAAAUUUUAAUAUAAAAUAUUAUGAUAGGGUUACACCAAAUUAAUAAUGUAACAAAAAGUAAUUAUAACUAUUUUAAUAUAAUUUUCUCAUAACAAUAUAAGAUUAUAUAAAUAUUGUGAUAGUUAAAAUGUUGAACACAACAAUGUAGCUUUAUUCUUUGUAUA